UAUCUCCUGUCAAAAUGACAUUUGAAAUAUAUGCAACUUGUGUGGUACCAAUUAGUGCUUUCUUCGCAUCAAGCCUUUGGUUUGGUAACACUGCCUACUUGCAUAUAUCUGUGGCGUUUAUCCAGAUGCUCAAGGCUCUGAUGCCAGUGGCAACAUUUGUUGUGGCUAUUGUGUGCGGCACUGAGAAAGCAAGGUGUGAUGUGUUCUUGAACAUGGUGUUGGUCAGCAUUGGAGUUGUCGUUUCCUCGUAUGGGGAAAUUCAUUUUAAUGUAGUUGGUACACUUUAUCAGGUCACAGGCAUUUUUGCAGAAGCUUUAAGACUGGUCUUAACACAAGUCCUUCUGCAAAAGAAGGGCUUAAGUUUAAAUCCUAUCACAAGCUUAUAUUAUAUAGCUCCAUGCAGUUUUGUGUUUCUCUUUGUACCUUGGUACCUACUGGAAAAGCCUGCAAUGGAAGUUUCACAGAUUCAGUUCAAUUUUUGGAUCUUCUUUUCCAAUGCUCUAUGUGCUCUCGCCUUGAAUUUCUCUAUUUUCCUAGUAAUCGGUAGAACUGGUGCUGUGACCAUCCGAGUCGCCGGCGUGCUUAAGGACUGGAUAUUAAUAGCCCUUUCAACUGUUAUAUUUCCAGAGUCCACAAUGACUGGGUUGAAUAUAACUGGCUAUGCUAUAGCACUAUGUGGCGUCGUGAUGUACAAUUACAUAAAAGUCAAGGACGUUCGAGCCUCUCAACAACCGACCGAAAUCAUUCCAGAUUGAAUCACAAAGGCAUCUUCUUGAGUCUUGACAUGUAUAGUUGCAUUUCUAUGUCCCAGUCUCAUUGUAAACUUGUCUGAUACACAGGACUGGAGAUUUGAGAAGAGACCUUCUGACAUUUAUGAGCCAUUGAACGCCGCCAACAAUGAGGGAAGCAUUGGAGGUAAUGGUUUCACAUCAGAUAUUGAGCGUCGAUGAAGAAGCACCACGACACUUAAAAUUUAGUAGUAGCAGUUAGGGAGAACUGGCCUUGUUGGUUAUGGAAUGCACUUUUCUGAAUCUGAAUAAUCAAAAUAUGUUUGUGAAAGGAGAAGGAUCUGUUUUAACUCUCUGUGAUGGCCGUUUUACAAUCUUUCCAAUACAGGGAAUCAAGGAUAGUUAUUAUAUAAACAUUUCAUUAGUAACCAAAGUGUGUAACUGUGUACAUUCUUGAACCGACCAAGAAUUAAUAAAGCUCUACAGCAAAAUAAACUUGCAAGAGUAA